AUGAAUUUCUUCCAGUUUAUCUUUAGCUCAACUGAAGAUAAAGAUAAAGUUGCUGCGGGACAUAACUGGAUUUAUGAAAACCAGUAUUUGGUUCUCAAGGAAUGGUUCCCUGGUCUGGUUAGUAAUCAUGGUGCUUUCGAUGAAGUCAAAAUCUGGGUUCAAGUGUUAAAUGUUCCGUUGAACUGGAUGUGCACCGAUGUAGGUGUCAAAAUAGGAAGAAUUUUUAAAGGGGUGAAGAAUGUCAAUGUUUGCAAGCUAGGAGGAGCCUUGGGCAGUUUCAUUAAAAUUCUGGCGGUGAUUAAUACUAAGGAACCUAUUCCCAGAUGUACUACAAUAAAAUUAGGUGAUCAGCGUGUCAGGGUGGCCUUUCGAUAUGAAAGGCUUAUUAAUCUGUGCUAUUACUGUGGCUAUUUGGGGCAUCUUGAGAGGAACUGCAAAAAGAAGAUGGUAGACAUCGACAAGGAUCAAGUUACUGAUGGUCAAUUCGGGGAGUGGCUAAAAACCUCAGAGACUUUUCCAGGUGGGCGGCAUAGCUAUGCGAGCAACUCUGGUGAUCAUCAAUCCCCACCUUUCCAUAAUUCGAAUGUGGAACCGGUUGUCUCUAACAGUGCCACACCAGCCUCAGUCCAGCAAGUUGUAAUCUUGGGGUCAAGUAGUGAUAAUGGCACAGGAAAGGUGGAUCUUGAUGCUAGUGAAGAUUUGGUUGAGGAUAAUGAACAGAAUGUGCAGCAGAAUCUCAGUAUUAUGGGCAGUGUUGUAGAACCUGACAUCCCAGAGACAGCCUUGAUGGUCGUGGAAAACACUAUAACUGGGGAUGAUAAGUGUGAUGUGGUGGUGGAAUGGCAGAAGGAUGGUGGACAACAGGCUACUGGGGAUCCACCCAGAAAUCCUCAUGUUGCUACAUGGAAGAGAAGGGCAUCUAUGGACAGAAGACUUUAG